AUGGUGACAUCGGAGGGUAAUGCUUAUGAGAAGUGUUUGAUGAACAACAUUGUUUCGUCACCGAACCAAAUUCCCGCAACUCUUCCGGAUCAUCUAAUAGUGGAGGAAAUUCUACAAAGAUUACCAGUAAAAACUCUAGUUCGAUUCAAAUCUGUUUCCAAGUUUUGGUUUUGUAUAAUUUCUUCUCCUGAAUUUGCUAAAAAACACCUUAAUCGAACCUCCGAUAAUAAUGAAUUUAUCUUACUUAAUUCUCUUUAUUAUUCUCGAUCUUACAAGUUCUUGUCAUUGCCAUACGACGAGUCCAGCAAUCUGAAAAGCCCUAUCGAGAUGAAUUUUACUCUCGAUAUACCCUCUCGACAACAACUACAAACGGAAAAGGGUCGAGUGGUAGAUCUUGUGGGUUCUUGUAAUGGCCUCGUUUGCUUAUCUUGUCUCAGUUAUCCGACAAUAAUACUUUGUUAUCAAUUCUUAGUUAUUUGUAAUCCUGCAACACAUCAAUAUCAUGAAAUUAAUAAUCCUUCAUCAACAAUUUUUUAUUAUUGGUUUGGCUAUAUACCGUCUAUUGAUGACUAUAAGAUUUUCGCCGCUUCAACAACUAGUUUGGAAUUUUAUGUGUACUCUUUGAGCACUGGGGAAUGGAACGUGCUAAGUCAUACUGAUACAGUUUUUCGGUAUUUCAAGCCGGAAUUAGUGCCACUACAGACAGCGGUUGAUGAUAUUCUGUACUGGUCUAUCGUGGUGAGCCAUAGGAAGAUAAGGCACAUCAUUGGGGUUGAUAUAGUAAACUUAAAUUUCAAAGAAUUUCCAUGGAUGGAUUGGCUAGAUCGAUAUAGUAGGGCUUCUUUUUUCGAGAUGAAUGGGUGCCUGUCAUUACUUUGCUACUCAUUAUCGAGACAACCACAAGCUGAUGUAUGGACAUUGAAACAAGGCAAUGAAUGGAGUUCUUGGGAGAAAAUGUUUUCAUUCGAUAUUGGACAUAAGUAUUUGCUACACAUUACUUCCAAUGGCAAAUUCUUAGCACAAAAUUAUUUGAAACCACAUAUUUCUCAAAUCACAUUAAUUGAUCCAAGUCGAGACACUCUACAACAAUCCUCGUUGGAUAUUUAUUUGAAUAUGGUUGCUGCAAGAGGUUAUGUCGAGAGUCUUGUUUCACCUUUUGGAGCAAUCAAAUCUACCAAAGAGGAAGACCACGAGGUUUGA